GGAGCGGGAGCGGUAGCGCGGGAAGCGGGAAAAUUGUACCUAUUCACACCAGAACAUAUUAGUUCAGUUGCGGUAGCGGCAGUAUUUUUUGAUUUCCGACGAAAACAUACACAAAUAAUGAAUUUCUCAUCAGAUGAAGAAGAUCUUUUAUUACUUGCCGUCGCAGAAGAUGAAGAACAUAAUAAGAGGAAGAAGCGAAAAUGGAUCCAUGACAUUAAUUUGGACCGGGAAAUUUUCGGGGAAUUUCACACUUUAAUGCCGCAACUUAGAGCAGACCCAAAACGAUUUUACAUAUACUUCAGGAUGACAAGUGAUUGUUUUGAUGCUAUACUAAAUUUUAUUCGAGCCGAUAUUCGUAAAAGUGAUACAAAUUAUCGAGAGGCGAUUAGUCCAGAAGAACGUUUUGCAAUCACAUUAAGAUUCCUUGCCACUGCUGACACAUAUUACACAAUUGGUCACAGUUACCGUGUUGGAUUCUCAACUGUUGGUCAAAUAGUUAGGGAGGUAUGUGAAGCAAUUUGUCAGAGAUUGCAAAAUAUAGCUAUGCCAGAACCAAAUGAAGAAACGUGGAAAAAAGCAGCAGAAGGAUUUGAAACACGUUGGCAAUUUCCAAACUGCAUUGGCAGUAUAGAUGGAAAACAUGUAACCAUCAAGUGUCCACAAAAGAGCGGAUCAAAUUAUUUUUGUUAUCUAAAAAAAUUUUCUAUUGUACUGAUGGCCAUUGUUGGGCCUGAUUAUAAAUUUUUAUGUGUUGACAUUGGAGGUUUUGGAAAAAAUAGUGAUAGUGGCAUUUUUGAAGCAUCUAACAUGGGAAUGAAAUGUGAACUAGGACAAAUGAAUUUUCCACAAGACAAAAACUUGCCAGGUCAAACUGAACCGUGUCCUCAUGUCUUUAUAGACAAUCCCGAUCAAAUAUUCGUAAAGAAAAAUAUAAUACUCGGCUUUGUCGAGCAAGGAGAGUAGUAGAGAAUGCUUUCGGUAUUUUGGCUCAGAAAUGGAGAAUUUUUUACAGGCCUUUAGAAACCUCAGUAGGCACCACAGUAACUAUUGUAAAAACAGCAUGUCUUUUACAUAAUUAUCUAAUUUUAACAAACUCCGAUGAUCAAUAUUUUGAGUUUUUAGAGCCACCAGAAGAUAACAUAGAAGCUUUUACAAAUCUUGGAAAUGAUCCGAGAAGAGCCUCAACCAUAUCAUUUGAAGUACGUGAAAAAUUUGUCACAUUUUUUAAUAAUAAUUAACUGAUGCUUAAUGUACAUGUCUUUUGCUAAACACUAUCUACUGAAUGUAGGUAAUAUGUAACUCAAUAGCCUAACUGUAAGAUUAUAUCAUAUAAAAGAAUCAAACCUAGUUAUUUUAAGAAAUUAUUUAGUUGUACUUACCACUUUCAUCCAAUUCGACGCCUAUUUCGUCCCAAAUUUUAUCGCGCUUUCUAAUAUUUUUAUACUCAGAAUUACCCAAGUCAUACAGAAUUGGAUAUUUCUUAACACUUUCGAUAAGUUGCUCUGUACUCGACGGCAUUGUAUCACUUACUAAAGUGGCGGGAACAAAGCGGCAGCGGGAAAAAUGCUGCAUGCAGCGUCAACAAAAUCUAUCGCUGCCGUCCCGCUUUAGCCAACGCGGGAAAUCGCUUUUGUUUGAAUGUUGUCAUAUCCCGCAAUGUAAGUUUGUCCCGCUACCGCUCCCGCUACCGCUCCCGCUCCCGCGGUACCGCGUUGGUCU